AUGGAGCACAUCCACGGGUUCGAAUCUUUUCAUGAUGAACCCGGCUACGGAAAUAGCGAUGGAGUCGUUGGUCAGGGCGUUGUCGCAACUCAAUCACUGGAUCUUGAUAUCAACGCUGAGCCACAACCAGGGCCAAUCAUGCCCACCCUUACAGUUACGGUCGUGUCUUACCCCAAUGGCGACUUGUCAACCAUGGCACAUGGCGCACAAUCCCCUUCUGCCAUGUCUAGCUUCGCUGGCACCAUUAGCUUCAGCGACCCAGGCUCUUCUGUCUCUGCGCCUACAUCCGAGUCCGCAUCUUCCUCGGAAAGCCCUUCGUCGAUACUAGAGAGUUUACCAUCGAUCUUUUCGGCGCCUACGUCCGGCGUUCUUGGGGUGCCCACUCCUGCAACAUCCCAAUCAGAAGCUGCGUUGGCGACAGAGAAGGCCCCUUUGUAUAUUGCCAUCGUUUUGGGAUGCAUUGUCGGUACUGCGAUAGCAUCUGCCAUGGUGGCUUGCAUCAUCCGUUUGCGGCAAUCGAAACGACGAAAUGCGCCCCAACCUCCCUGGUCUCGAGAAGGUGAUCCGGAGGCCGAUUUACGCGCACGGAUAGGCACACCGAAACACAAUGAUCUCCCCCAUCACCUUAUGCCGUCGACACAUCUUUGGAACCUGGAAAGUGAUCGUGAUGUCUCUAAGUCGAAGCAUCCUAGCGAACAUGUUCACUCACACGACGCUCACGAUACUCACGACAUUCACUACUGGCCUCGGGGCUUUCACGACUCAACCUUUCCCGACGGAACCGGACUUCGCAGUUAUAACCACCCAAUUAGUCCUUAUUCGCCUGCGCAUAAGCCAGCUAUUCGAUACCUUCCAUCUCACCUUGUUGACGAAACACUGGCGGGUCAAAACUUUGGAACUGAUCGGUUGGAUGGAAGUUUUCAGGUUUCUGGGGGGAGUUCUCGAGGAACGCCCAGAAGCGGCGUGGUCGCCCCGCGAUAUCGAAACCUAGAGGCUAACGGCGACGUUAUGGAUACGCCAUGGAGCCCCAGCAAUACUCCUCCUCGGUCCCUAGCGAAGCGGUUGAGACGGGUGGAUGAGCCCUCCAAUGGAAGGCAGGAACUCGAAACUGUCGACAACAAGGCACCAAACCUUACCUUACAGGAAAGGGAUGAUCAAGAGGGCUGGACCAGGACACUGUCGACAAACUUGGUUAACGCGUUUAACGCGGUGGCUGCCAAUAUUCCUGCUUUUGGUACAGUGGAGUCUACCGCGAAAUCCGACGCUCUAGCGGCGAAACCCUUGGCACAUUCAUCGAGCCGGAAGUCCGUGGGCGUUCUCUCAUCUCGAUCUGGUGGACACAUUGAACGGGACGAUAGUCAGGCUACCGAGGUCUCGGAGCUCUCAUGGACACUCGAAGAGACUGGGAAUGGAGCAGGCGUUGUACGUCUACAUAGGUCUUCAACUAGCCGGAAACCCGGCAGUUCUGUCGGCAACUCCAUAAAUGACCUCCAGAUUCCUGCUGUCUCCAACUUCUCUGCAUCCUCCCCAAACGGAAACUCACUUGGGAGUGAACCCACGAACCCAUUCCCUAAUCACCACCUUUCCAUCGCCAGUUCUAUCUAUUCCGAUUCUACCGCAACCUACAUAAAGUCAGCCAACCUUGGAAAAACGGGAUUGAAUGUUCGUCCCGGUUUGUCUCCUACUCGAAGAGCUUCUUCUUGGACGUCCUCAGCCUCAUCAUGGGACUCUUUCUCGUCAUCUAGGGAUAGUAAUCAAGUAGCCGAGGCGUUACGGACAAGAAGAACUUAUUCUCAAGAUUUGACUACACCACCUCGUUAG